AUGGGUCAAGGGUGAGUGUUAGGCCUUGGCCAAUACAGAGUGAUAUGAAUUUGUGCAUUCAUUGUCAUGGUUAUCAACUGUACCGCAGAAUUGGAACAUAAAAAAAUAGAUGCCGUGGUGGUUCACAGCAGAAGAGUUAGGUGUGUUGAAUGAGAAUCCCUCCUGUCCUCCCAGGCCGCAGUUAGGGUCAACGUAGUGGAAUGGGAUUUUUUAUAAAAUGUUAAUAUUGGUAUAUAGGUGUAGGGUUAGUUGGUGGUGAAAUGUUUUCCAUUUUAUUUUUGUAUCACAAAAUGUUAGGUGAUCGACCACACUACCGCACAGUAGGUGGCGGGAUGCACAAACAAAAUGUGUGAACGCCAUGACACCAAAGAAUAAGAAGUAAACGGACGUGAACCGUGACAAAGGAGUUUCCACGUUAGUAUUUUUAGUCGUUAUUUAUACGUUUAUUAACACACUGGAAAACAAAAUAUGACUCAUUUAACUGCACAUAAUCCCAUAAAUAAUUCGCGUUGGAGACAGGAUUUAUCUAGGUAACGAUAGCUAGCUGCUAACGUUAGCUAACAAUGGCAAACUGUAACGUUAUGGUUUUUCACACUCAAAUAGCCUCCGUCAUGGAGGUACUAGCGAGUGCAGCCGUGGCAGAUAUAUGUAAACUUGUAGACGACGACUAUGCAGUAUUUCGUUUGGAAAUAACUCAAAGCCGAAAAGAAAAUGGGGCAUUAAGGAGGAAACUACAGCUACUGGAACUGAAGGUUGCACGGGAACGCGCAGAGAGGACAAUGCAACAGCGCGUCGUCGCCAGUCGUCCCAGAAGUGUCAAGAUCAUUGACCGAUACAGAGGAAUGGCAAGAGGUGAAGGACAUCUCAUUGGAGGCCACAGUAGCUUUGUGAAGCCAGCGGGACACAAUACAUGGAGCGAUGACCAACCAAUCACUGUUGAUGAGGGGAGUGGAACCUCAACCCAGCACGUUAUCGUGAUAGAGUCUGCAGAUGCCGAGGCUGCAGGUCCUGGGGUCAAGCAGGAGAGGACUGAAGGAGAGGAGGACCCACGGCACAGCAGAGACAAUCAGUCUGGUGCAGCUGUAGCCAUGGAGGACCCCGCCACCACCCCAGCGCAGCCCAGCUCUCGACGCAGCAUCACGGAGGUCAGUGGAACGCGGAACGCCGUCCUCAAAUCAGAGACGGACACCAAGACUUUAACUGUAACACAAAGGCUUUUACACACAGGAUCUGACAACAGGUCAGACCCAGAAAGACUGGGACUGGGGAGACUGGGCUGUCCUCCUGCUCCCGGCUCAGAGUAUUUACUUUAUGGUAACCGAAGCCUGGUUCAUUCCCAUCGGGACUCAGGUGACGAGUUAGAUAAUUGUCAGUUUCUAUCUUGUUCUUACGCUACAGAGAUGGCCCCUGGCAACAUAUCCAUGGGUUUAGAGACACAGGCUGAUCCGUCUAGAGGGGACUGGAACCGGUACAGUAGUAGUGUAUACUCUGAAGGGUGCCUCGAUAAGAAAGGGGAAGGUCUGGUCGUAGAUAAAGUGACUGUGAAAGUGGAGGGCGACUUUCCUCCCACAUGGAAUGCAGCUUGUCACAUAGGAGAUGGAUUCUCACAGGGCAGAGAUUUCUUAGAUUACAGUUUAAAGACCAAUCUAAAUGUCCCGACCCACUCCCCUUUACACUCGCUCAGGGAUCGCGACCCAGUGUCUACGUCGAUGGCGACUUCCGAUUUACAAGGCCGCGUCCUUUUCGAUCAGGUAUUGAACUCAAAUGACAGGGCUAGAGUCCAGACUCAGGCAAGGGGAGCCACAUCAGGCAGUAGUAAAGAGAAACGGUUCCUCUGCAUGUUCUGUAACAAAGGCUUCAGCUGCACCCAGAAGGUAGAGAUUCACCAGAGGAUCCACACAGGGGUGAAACCCUUUAGCUGUACCCAGUGUCACAUGCGCUUUGCCCAGGCUGGCCACCUGAAGAGGCAUCAGAGGGUCCACACAGGGGUGAAACCCUUUAGCUGUACCCAGUGUCACAUGCGCUUUGCCCAGGCUGGUGACCUGAAGAGGCACCAGAGGGUCCACACAGGGGAGAAACCCUUCCGUUGCCAGAUGUGUGAGAAGAGGUUCUCCCGGCAGCACCAGCUGAAGAUGCACCUGAAGAUCCACACGGGAGAGAGGCCAUUCUCCUGAAGGCAUAUAUAGAUUUUGAAUAUUGCUGGGUAGAAUAUUUCAUCCAGACAUUGUGUGAUAUAUAAGGCAUACAUAUAUACACACCCACACACACGGAAUCAUAUAGUAACUCAGAAAGUGGUAAACAAAUCAAAGUAGCUGCCCUUUGCCUUGAUGACAGCUUUGCACACUUGGCAUUCUUUCAACCAGCUUCACCUAGAAUGCUUUUCCAACAGUCUUGAAGGAGUUCCCACAUAUGCCGAGCACUUGUUGGCUGCUUUUCCUUCACUCUGUGGUCCAACUCAUCCCAAACCAUCUCAAUUGGGUAGAGGUCAGGUGAUUGUGGAGGCCAGGUCAUCUGAUGCAGCACUCCAUCACUCUCCUCUUUGGUCAAAUAGCCCUUACACAGCCUGGAGGUGUGUUGUGUCAUUGUCCUGUUGAAAAAUAAAUGAUAUUCCCUGCUAAGCACAAACCAGAUGGGAUGGCGUACCGUAGCAGAAUGCUGUGGUAGCCAUGCUGGUUAAGGGUGGUUUGAAUUAGAGGUCAACCGAUUAUGAUUUUUCAAUGCCGAUACCGAUUAAUCGGCCAAUUCAUUUAUUUGUAAUAAUAACAAUUACAACAAUACUGAAUGAACACUUAUUUUAACAUAACAUAAUACAUCAAUAAAAUAAAUAAUGAAACAUGUUCAAUUUGGUUUAAAUAAUGCAAAAACAAAGUGUUGGAGAAGAAAGUAAAAGUGCAAUAUGUGCCAUGUAAGAAAGCUAACGUUAAAGUUCCUUGCUCAGAACAUGAGAACAUAUGAAAGCUGGUGGUUCCUUUUAACAUGAGUCUUCAAUAUUCCCAAGUAAGAAGUUUUAGGUUGUAGUUAUUAUAGGAAUUGUAGGACCAUUUCUCUCUAUAUGAUUUGUAUUUCAUAUACCUUUGACUAUUGGAUGUUCUUAUAGGCACUUUAGUAUUGCCAGUGUAACAGUUAUAGCUUCCGUCCCUCUCCUCGCCCCUACCUGGGCUCGAACCAGGAACACAUCGACAACAGCCAGCCUCGAAGCAGCGUUACCCAUGCAGAGCAAGGGGAACAACUACUCCAAGUCUCAGAGUGAGUGACGUUUGAAACGCUAUUAGCGCGCACACCGCUAACUAGCUAGCCAUUUCACAUCGGUUACACCAGCCUAAUCUCGAGAGUUGAUAGGUUGAAGUCAUAAAUAGCUCAAUGCUUGAAGCAUUGCGAAGAGCUGCUGGCAAAACACACGAAAGUGCUGUUUGAAUGAAUGCUUACGAGCCUGCUGGUGCCUACCAUCGCUCAGACUGCUCUAUCAAAUCAUAGACUUAGUUAUAACAUACACAGAAAUACGAGCCUUUGGUCAUUAAAAUGGUUGAAUCCGGAAACUAUCAUUUCGAAAACAAAACAUUUAUUCUUUCAGUGAAAUAUGGAACCGUUCCGUAUUUAAUCUAACAGAUGGCAUCCCUAAGUCUAAAUAUUGCUGUUACAUUGUACAACCUUCAAUGUUAUGUCAUAAUUAUGUACAAUUCUGGAAAAUUAAUUACGGCCUUUGUUAGGAAUAAAUGGAUUUCACACAGUUCACUAUAAGCCAGGCAGCCCAAACUGCUGCAUAUACCCUGACUGCUUGCACGGAACUGCAAGAGAAAUUACAAUUUCCCUAGUAAUAAGAAAUUCAUGUUACCAGGCAAUAUUGACUAAAUAUGCCUUUAAAGAAAGGCAUUGAUCUUUAUGGUUAGGUACAUUGGUGCAAGGACAGUGCUUUUUUCGCAAAUGCGCUUGUUAAAUCAUCACCCGUUUGUCGAAGUAGGCUGUGAUUCAAUGAGAAAUGAACAGGCACCGCAUCGAUUAUAUGCAACGCAGGACACGCUAGAUAAACUAGUAAACCAUGUGUAGUUAACUAGUGAUUAUGUUAAGAUUGUUUUUUUAUAAGAUAAGUUUAAUGUUAGCUAGCAACUUACCUUGGUUCCUUGCUGCCCAAGCGUAACAGGUAGUCAGCCUGCCACUCAGGCUCCUCGUGGAGUGCAAUGUAAGGCAGGUGGUUAGAGCGUUGGACUAGUAACCGGAAGGUUGCAAAAACGAAUCCCCGAGUUGACAAGGUAAAAAUCUGUCGUUCUGCCCCUGAACAAGGCAGUUAACCCACCGUUCCUAGGCUGUCAUUGAAGUAAGAAUGUGUUCUUAACUGACUUACUUAGUUAAAUAAAGCUGUAAAAAAUUAUUGUUUUUUAAACGGCAAAUCGGUGUCCAAAAAUACCGAUUGUUAUGAAAACUUGAAAUCAGCCCUAAUUAAUCAGCCAUUCCGAUUUAAUCGGUCAACCUCUAGUUUGAAUUGUAAAUAAAUCACUGACAGUGUCACCAGCAAAGCACCAUCACACCACUUCCUCCAUUGUCACGUUCGUCGUAACAUUUAAGUGAGGAGGACCAAGGCGCAGCGUGAUAACAAUACAUUCUUCUCUUUAAUGAAGACGAAAACGAAACGAACACUAUACAAACUAAUCAAAACAACAAACAGACGAACGUGAAGCUAUACAAACAAUAAGUGCAGACACUGGCAACUUACACAUAGACAAUCACCCACGAACUACCUAAUGAAUAUGGCUGCCUAAAUAUGGUUCCCAAUCAGAGACAACGAUAGACAGCUGUCUUGUCACGGUCCUGACCUCCUGUUUUCCUUUUGUAUAGUUGUGUUUAGUGGGUCAGGACGUGAGCUGGGUGGGUAGUCUGUGUUGUUUGUUCUAUGUUAAGUGUCAGGGUUAACUGACCUUGUAUGGCUCUCAAUUAGAGGCAGGUGGUUUACGUUUUCCUCUGAUUGAGAACCAUAUAUAGGUAGGUUGUUUCACAUUGUUUGUUGUGGGUGGUUGUCUUCCGUGUCUGUGUAUGUUGCACCACACGGGACUGUUUUCGGUUUUAUGUAAGUUUGUUUGUUCAGGUCUGUUGACUUUGUUUGUUAUUUUGUAGUUUGUUGAAGUGUUUUCGUGUAUUCGUCUUUUUCUUUAAUAAACGUUAUUAUGUCAUAUACAAACGCUGCGCUUUGGUCCAAUCCCUACUCCUCCUCUUGAGGACAACCGUUACAUGUCUCUAAUUGAGAACCAAUCUAGGCAACCAUAGACAUACAAACACCUAGACUGAACACGGCCCCAUAAACAUACAAAAAACCCUAGACAAUACAAAACACAUAAAUCCCCCAUGUCACACCCUGACCUAACUAAAAUAACAAAGAUAACUAAGGCCAGGGUGUGACAUCCAUGCUACAGUGGGAACUAUACAUGCGGAGGUCAUCCGUUCACCGACUCUGCGUCUCACAAAGACAAGGCGGUUGAAGCCAAAAAAUCUCAAAUUUGGAUUCAUCAGACCAAAGGACAGAUUUCCACCAGUCUAAUGUCCAUUGCUCGUGUUUCUUGGCCCAAGCAAGUCUUCUUCUUAUUGGUGUCCUUUAGUAGUGGUUUAUUUGCAGCAAUUCGACCACGAAGGCCUGAUUCACAGUCUCCUCUGAACAGUUGAUGUUGAAAUGUGUCUGUUACUUGAACUCUGAAGCAUUUAUUUGGGCUGCAAUUUCUGAGGCUGGUAACUAAUGAACUUAUCCUCUGCAACAGAUGUAACUCUGGGUCUUGAAGAAAACGUUCAAAGUUGACCUUCAUGUCUUAAAAUAAUGACGGACUGUCGUUUCUCUUUGCUUAUUUGAGCUUUUCUUGCCAUAAUAUGGACUUGGUGUUUUACCAAAUAGGGCUAUCUUCUGUAUACCACCCCUACCUUGUCACAACACAACUGAUUAGCUCAAACGCAUUAAGGAAAGAAAUAUCACAAGUUAACUUUUAACAAGCACACCUGUUAAUUGAAAUGCAUUCCAGGUGACUACAUCAUGAAGCUGGUCGAGAGAAUGACAAGAGUGUGCAAAGCUGUCAAAGGAAAAGGGUGGCUACUUUGAAGAAUCUCAAAUACAAAAUAUAUUUUGAUUUGUUUAACACUUUUUGGUUACUACAUGAUUCCAUAGUUUUGAUGUCUUCACUAUUAUUCUACAAUUCUAGAAAGUAGUAAAAAUAAAGAAAAACCCUGGAAUGAGUAGGUGUGUCCAAACUUUUGACUGGUACUGUAAAUAUAUAUAUAUAUAUAUAUAUAUUUGUUGUAUUAUACAGGGCACAUUUGAAAAAGAGACCUAGUCCUCAAUAUGUCCUCCCUGUAAAAAAAAAAAAAAGUUAAAUAAAAUCCUCUGACACCACGUACAGAAAAUUGGUCCCCGCUUUAAAUGACUUUCAGCUUUUAAAGGCUACAUAAAUGUGCUACAAAUCUAUUACCCUAUGUCAUGCUUUAUAAAUGUGACAUAACCUACUAACAUGUGCUUAAUAAAUGCCUUAAAUCAUAUUAUAUUGAGGCUUCAUAAAGCAUUUAUAACCCUGUCAUGCAUCUUGCUAGUGCAUUGCAACGGCAGGAUAUUGGGUUCGUUUCCUGGCACCACCCAUAUGUACAAGUGUAUUCAUGCAUGACUAAGUCGCUUUGGAUAAAAAUAUCUUAUAUUGCACAAAAACUUUUCUAGUAUGGCCCAACCUCUUUCCCUCUUGGGUGCAUUGUCAAUAUUGGACCGGACCUCAAAUUCCCCCAAAGUGCUGUGCUUCAGGAUGACACACACUAAGGUGCAGUCAUGCACAGCAAAAAACGUUGAUAGGGACUUUUAAAAUUUGUUUACAUUUAUCUACUUCAGUUUAUUUUUUUUGUAAAUUCAGUUGUUUUCUUGGUUUUGUUUUUCCAGAUUUUGGAUUUCCCCCAUUUUUCAGGUUUACCCUAGUUUUUACUUUUUGGCGGGAAAACAACAAAACUGGUUCACAACUAUGCUUAAACCACAUCAGGGGAUGACUUAAGGUCUGGGAAAAAUCUAAGUAACUAUUUUUGAGUGUAGUUGCCUUUUAAUUCAGUGAGCAUGCCCUGCACCAUUGUUUGGUUAGCAGGUUUGCUGUAGUGCAGUAAGUGCACAUGAUGCGAUUCAACCGCCAAUGGAAUGGGUGGAGUAAAAGACCAGCAACACUCCAUAUUAUUCAGAAAUGACACCAUACAGUGCAUUCGGGAACUAUUCAGACCCCAAGACUUUUCCCACAUUUUGCUACGUUACAGCCUUAUUCUAAAAUUGAUUAAAUAAAUGUUUCCUCAAUCUACACACACUACCCCAUAAUGACAAAGCAAAAACAGGUUAAUUCAUUUUUUCCAAGUUAUUACAAAUAAAAACCAGAUA